AGAGAGAGAGAGAGAGAGAGACAGACACACACACACACACACAGACAUAUAAAUAAAGCAAUAAAGGUAAAGGUAUAGCUGUAUGGGUUAAAAUGUACGGGUGAAUAAAACAAAUACAUGUUCAAAUGUAGUCUCUGUAUUUAUUAUAAUUUAACAAAGUGACUGAAAUAUACUAUAAAGAUAUGCUGUUUGUUAUUAGUUUUGUAACAUUAGAAGUGGUAUUUUUUUAUUUAAACAAUAGCAGGACACAGCAUACAGGCUUCCAUUUAGACCACAUCGAAAGCAGGCAAGCCGGGGUCCCGACUGCCGCCUUCCUGCUAAAUAGAGUGCACAAAAACCAAACUGUACACUACAGGAAACAGACACCGAGGAAUUAUAUUUUAGUCUGACAAAUAUUCGAAGAUACUGUUGGUUUCACAAAGAAGGCUAAGGCUAUACAAACGGUCCCAAAGGUUUCAUAUGCUGUGUGGGAGAAACUGGCUCUUCUCUAAGCGGAAAUUACGUUACUGCAGCCGAAUAGCACUCAGAGUUUUAUAUUUGCUCUGUAACAUUGGCUGGUAGUGCUGUACUGUACUCUGUCGAGCUAAAGGUUGGUUUACUAUUAAAAACCACAAUUGUGUUAGUGUUUUAAAAGACAUGUUUAACUAGGAACUAAAAUGACUAACAAGAAUGUUUCUCUCCGGAAUUCUAAAUGUAGGACAGUGCCUGCAGUUGAAAGCAAUGACCGCUUUGAUGAAAAGGAUUCAUGGAAUCAUUUUAAAAGUUCUUCUUUUUCCAAUCGGACCGAAAAACAAUGUGCCCAAACCCAGGGCCUCCGAGGUACUAACUCAACACCUGCAGCAGAGGCGCCUUCCCUUUUGGACCUCGUUCUGCGUCAGCUACAGCGCCGUGGAGAAUGACCAGUUUGGACUGUCACAUUUUAACUGGACGGUGCAGGGGGCCAACUAUCACAUACUGAGGACCGGGUGCUUUCCUUUCAUCAAGUACCAUUGCUCCAAAGCACCCUGGCAGGACUUAGAAUUUGAAAACACGUUCUUUACAGCUUUAAAAGUUAUUAAUUUAGGUAUCCCUACGUUAGCAUAUGGUAUCGGCUCUUGGUUUGUCGCUACAGUGCCCGAGACUGUGCACACGAGUUCAGGCCCUGUCACUGUGUAUUUUGCCUACAAAGAGGAUGAAGGUGCUAUGUUUUAACUAGGCAUAAUAGAAAAGGUAUCUGAUAUUGUUGUGCAUGUUAUAAUGUUCACAAUCCUGAUGUAUUUAUUCAAUUUGCAAUAA